UAUUCAUCAGUGUUCUUUUCAUAACGUAUGAUAAUACAUUUUGGUCUACACUCACAAAAACUUUAAAAAUGACUGCUAAGUUGAUCGUGUUUGCCGCUCUGUUCGGGCACCUGGCCCUAGCCUAUCCACCUACGAUCUUUGAGCACAACAGUUACGAGCACCACGACGACGACCAUUACGCCCACGCACCCACCCCGUAUCACUUCGAAUACGCCGUGAAAGACCCACACACCCACGACGUCAAGAGCCAUCACGAGUCAAACGACGGUCACGGCAACGUCAAAGGUUCGUACAGUAUCCUGGAAGCCGACGGUUCAACCAGGGUGGUCGAGUACACCGCCGACGCUAAACACGGUUUCAACGCCGAAGUGAAGAAAAUUAAAGCACCAGCUCACUACCAUAACUACGACGCCACCAGCUAUUACGAACCAAACAAUCUUCCAUAUAAACCGGCAUCGAACUUUCAGUCACACAUAAGUCUCCUGCAGAGUUCGUUCAAAACCAAGACUUUAUCAAAAACAAACGAAAAAAUGGCAGCUAAGUUGAUCGUGUUUGUCGCCUUGUUCGGCCACCUGGCCCUAGCCUAUCCACCUACGAUCUUCGAGCACAACAGUUACGAGCACCACGACGACGACCAUUACGCCCACGCACCCACCCCAUAUCACUUCGAGUACGCCGUGAAAGACCCACACACCCACGAUGUCAAGAGCCAUCACGAGUCGAACGACGGUCACGGCAACGUCAAAGGCUCAUACAGCCUCCUGGAAGCCGACGGUUCUACCAGGGUGGUGGAGUACACUGCCGACGCCAAACACGGUUUCAACGCUGAAGUGAAGAAAAUUGAAGCACCGGCUCACUACCAUUACGAUGCACCGCACUCCACCAGCUACCACGAGCCCAUCCAUCAUCCGUACAAACCGUCUUCGCCAUACCAUUACUGA